GAAGCUCCGCUAUCUUUAGCACCGCCGCGGAUUACAGUACGCAGUGUGUCACAGACCGCGUCCCGGAUCCACCUGCUCGGCUUAUCUCUGUGUGUACUCUCCGCCGAAGCUCUCUCCCAUCAAAAAAAAAGCAAAAUCAACACAAAACAGAAGUCAUGGGGGAAUGACAACAAACCCCGUCCUCGUCUACGGUUCUCCGUCCCCGAGAAGACCCCAAGGAUGCUGCUGCUCUCCAGCCCGGGGAACGGACGCUUGCGCCGGGCCUCGCUGCUCCUAGUCGCCGCGGUCCUUCUCUGUGUCGUCCCCGUCGGUGCCAGCCUUCCAGCUCACAGUAGAUGCCUUUUAGACUGUGCCAGUGAGGGACGUGAAUUCUGCAGGGCUGGCACUACCCACUGUGGCCCCUGCCUCUUUCCAUUGGUGGAGAAUGAGGAGGGACGAUGUGUGAGGAGAAAGAGGCACCAUCAACAUGACAAAGUGGCAUUCUACUCUGCCCUGGAUGAAGAGAUUGAUUACCUUCACUCCGUCAUCGAAAAACAGCAAGUGUCAGAGAUCAAGUCACCAGGAAAGCAAUCCAAACCUCUCGCUGCCGGCACCUCCCAGACAGAUGUUAAAAAAAGCAAGACAGAUGCCUCCAAAAGCAAACAGAAAAGCCAGAGUCGUCAAUCAGCUGAAGCCCUGAAUGCCACCACUGAAGCACAACACACACCAACCCCUGAGGCCAGGGCUACUGGAGUGGUGGGCCGAGUUGGUCCCAUAGCUGUGCCAACAUCCAAAAAUGACAAAAUUAUUGUCAUUAUGAUCUCAGUGUGUGUGGCGUUGGGCACUUUGGCAGUGAUUCUGGCAAGCGUCUGUUUCGUCAAGGUACAAAAAGACUCACGUCUGGCACAGAAGGUGGAUUACCCUGCUUUCAAAGGGACAGGCAUGCCUGCUGCCACCACCAACGGUACCUCGGUGGGAGAUAAGACUCUGGCCCAAAGUGCUCAAAUGUAUCACUACCAGCAUCAGAAACAGCAGAUGCUCUCAAUGGGAAAUAACAAACCUGAACAGAAAGUCCCUGACACAGAAGUCACAUCAGAUGAAGAGGAAGUGGGAGGAGACUUCACAGUAUACGAGUGCCCUGGACUUGCACCGACUGGAGAGAUGGAAGUGAAGAACCCUCUGUUUGAUGACUCGACUUUACAUUAUCAGGGGAAUCACAAGUGAAUGCGGAACACUUCACACACACACACACACACACACACUUACACUCACACAUAAAUACAUGCACACACACACACACAGCCAUUUCUCUGGAGAAACCACUUGAUCUCACACUGCAUGCAUAGAAAUUGAGGACCCUGGCAGAGGGUGAGGUGAUAAAAAUGAUUGUUUUCUUGUCAGCCCUUUACAAAAUCAGCUUUUAAUACUGCACAUGUCCAUUGGGUUUCUUGUUAAUUUAUUUCUUGAGCAUUCCUGUCUUUUAACACAAGGUUUUAAGAGUCAUCCCAGACAUGUCCCUUUAGGUGUUUGGUCUAAUUUUAAUGUUAAACUCUGUUUCCUCUUCCACUUUUGUUUCUUUCCUUCAUUUCUGCAGCUAUUUCCAAAGAAUGUGAUACAGCAGCAGUUAUGUGUACAACACACACAAAUAAGCUGAGAAACAGGUGCCCUCUCUUCAUUUUGUCAUGCAUAACUAGUGGCUAAACCACAUUCCUAACAGAUAUGCAGGUUCUGAAACAAAUGUUCAAAAUCAGAUCUCUGUGAUACCUCUGUGAAACACUCCCUGACACAACACAAGGUUCAGCAGUGGAAAUGUCACCGUUGGUGUUGCUAAUUUUAUCCCUUGUCAUAUAAGCUGCACAUAAAGAUUUUAAGAUUAUAGAAAAUAGAUAUAUAUAUGAAAAUGAAGUACUUGAUGAUGUCCGUUUGCAUGGUUUGACUGUACCGUGUUUGGCAAUGCUUUGACAAAUUAUUCAGCCUCCUGUAUGUAUGCAUCCUGUUGCUGGAGGAGGAAUGUACAGUAAAAGUGACCUAUGAGCACUUGAAUGACAUUUUGAUGACGGAAUAAUGAUGGAUACGUUGGUGGUAAAUAUCACUGUCUUGUAUCGUCCCUCUUUCCUCUCUGUCCUCUUGUCUGUCCCGAGUCAACUCCGUGCUGCAAAAUGUACAUACAAAGAGUGAAUGUGUUCACUUUUUAUAGAUAUUUGUACAUGCAGACCAAGGAUUGAAAUUAAAAGUUUUUACCACAUGUGA